AUGGAUGAUCUGCUAUAUUUGAUUGCGAAAGAAAACAUCUAGGCUAAGUCUGAGCUAUUUCACUUGAGAGAAAAGGUGCUGAGGAUGUUCUCUAUAAUUACUAAGGAUAUGACGUAAGAGGAUAUACUACUGAAAUGGAAUAAUCUUGGAAAGUUCUUAGAUAUCAUUAAGCAAUAUCUUGAGAAGAGUGAGAAUCAGAUAAGUUUGACAACUAUUUAUACUAAAAAGAUACUUUACAAUUUAGAGCAAAGAUAAGAAUCAAUACCAAUCUAUGGAGAUACUUUGCUACCAGUGUCACAAAAUUGCUUUACAAAAGAUAAAGAUGCUCUUUAAAAUAUUCAGUUUGAUAUAGUAUUUGUCUAGGGCCAGGAGUCUCAUCCCUUAAGAACUUGGUUUAUGAGUAGAGAUCAAGAAAAGAUUUGGCCAUUAGAAUUAUUAUCCAGCGAAUACUCAUAAUAAAAUCCUAGAAUAAUAUUUGUUAGAUAUGACUCAAGAAGAUUACAGUGCGAGCAUCAGACUUUUAAUAUUCCAGAUCAUUCCUUUGAGGAUCUUGCUAAUAAGCUACAAAAAGACUUAAAAAAUGCUGGAGUGGGUAAGAGACCAUAUGUGAUAAUACCAUAUUCAAUGGGAGGAAUAGUUACUAGAACUAUGCUGCUACAGCAUCCAGAAUAGAAAACCAACUUAAAGGGAGUGAUGUUCAUUGGAUCCCCAUUAAUUGGAUCUGAUAUGAGAGCCUAGAUUAAUGAAGAUAUGAAGGGUUUGAUACCUAUACUGAAUAAUUUCAUGAACCCAGUGGAUAAUGCUAUUUCAAAUGCUGACUACAAUUAGCAUUUCUUGUUUGAGGGAUUGUAAAUUAUCAAUAGCAUUUAAUAAUAUAGCCCGUUAUCUAAAAUGACAACCAAUGUUGAUGAUGCAGUCAACUAUGAACACCAUAACAGGAAUUUUUUGGAUUUAAAUUUUCCCUAUAAGAUAUUGAUAGAGGAUAAAAAGACUAUGUUGAAGAUUAUUGGUAAGGGCUACUACUAUGUGCCAUUGCAUAUGGGGGUCUUAGAACCUCAUAAAGAGGAUUCCUUCAAAGUGAUGAAAGGGAAAAACCAUGGAAAUUUAUAGUAGGCUGUUGAUAAAAAUGAUUAGACAUACAUUGAAGUAAAACAAUUCAUAGAUGAAGUUCUCAAUCUUAAUUCAUUCAAUUAGUAGUUAGCAUGA